CUGCCCAUUGUGUCCGUGGUGAGAGACAGUGAUCCCCAGCUCCUGCCCGACGUGGGGGCCGUGGUGACAUGCAAGGUUUGCAGCAUUAACUCUCGCUUUGCUAAGGUGCACAUCCUGUACAUUGGCUCCACACCACUGAAAUCCACCUUCCGGGGCACCAUACGGAAAGAAGAUAUUCGAGCCACGGAGAAAGAUAAGGUAGAGGUGUACAAGAGUUUCCGCCCCGGUGAUAUAGUCCUGGCCAAAGUCAUCUCGCUGGGAGAUUCGCAGUCCAACUACUUGCUGAGCACAGCGGAGAAUGAGCUGGGUGUGGUGGCGGCACGCAGUGAGGCAGGGAUGCAGAUGGUGCCUGUCAGCUGGUGCGAGAUGCAGUGCCCAAGGACACACACCAAGGAAUUCCGUAAGGUGGCCCGUGUGCAACCUGAGUUCCUGCAGACCUAGCAGCAC